AUGAUAGUGAGGGUAUCAAGGGAUGGUCGAUGGGUUGUCACUGUAGUUGGUGGGGUGCUCAAAGUCUGUGAGGUUGAGACGGGGAUCGUGAGAAUAUUUCAGGUUGACCUUUGGAUCGGGUGCAUUGAUAUCUCUGCGGACAGUACGCUGCUAGCGGGUGAGUCAUACGACGAGACAGCGCGGAUAUGGAGGUUGGACACAGGCAAACUCGUGGCUGUGACUGGUUCAUUCAAAUGGAGUGAUGUUGUGGGCGCACUUCGAUUCUCGGAAGACUCGAGGAAACUGGCAGUGAUGUCAAAUUGGGGCGAGUGCCUUCAGGUGUGGGAUGUCCAAGCACAGAAAUUGGAUGCCACUAGAGAAAAAUCUAGAGCUCCUGGUUAUUAUUGGCCAACUCCACCGUUAUUUUGGACAACCAAAGACAAAUCGAUUGUAACCGCACCCAGCUUCAUGAAUGACUCCCCCAAUAUGUGGCCCGUGACAGUCUACGAGUUCGACGCGUCGACGCUCGAGACUAUCGGAGAUUCCUUCCAAGGGCACACCAGCAUCAUCUCGGAUCUAGCACUCUCAUCCGAUUGUGUUCUUCUUGCCAGUGCUUCCGACGACAAUACCAUCAAGCUCUGGUCCUUUGAAUCCCGCCAGCUCCUCACCUCGUUCAACGUCCAAGCUCCCCGUUCCCUUUUACUCUCACCCGACUCAUGCCAACUGGCUUACACGACAUAUGAUGAGCCUAAUAUCUACAUAUGCGACAUUCCAGUCAACAUCCUCGCUAGCAUCGGACUUGCAAAAGAGACAAGCGGUCCUGAAUCCUCACACCUAGCUAAGCUGCUCAACCCUGACGCAACACGCCAAAAUGUGCGUCGUAAACCACCAAUAUCGGUCAUAUCUUCCGCCCCCCGCCCGCUAACAGUUACAAUUGACCACCCACAACCCGUUUUUCUCGGCUUUCUACGCAAACUCCUCUCUUCUUCUCAUACGGAUCCAGUUCGUCCCACCUGCACCAAUGAGUCUCGUAAUCCCUUGGACUUCCCUGCUACUGCGCCUUUGCCUCAUCCACUCAUAAAUCCACACGAGAACUUUCGACCACCGACCACCCAAUCCUCUGCCCCUGCUUCUACAUCCUUCAAAUCCCGCCUACACAGUCUGUCAACCUGGUGGCCCCUUCAGACAGAUCAUGCAUCGCGAGCUAUCAGCGACGUUCCACUUGCGCAGGGUAAAGAACGGAACGCUGCAGCAGAUGCUCCACGCAAAGACGAUCAGUGCAUACCUGAUGAAGAUCGUGUUUCUCCUCCUCCUUCACCUAAUCCAGAUUCUCGACAGCCGACCACAGCAGGGCAGGUGCCUAUUCAGAUUGUGCCAUCGCCUCAACCUCAACCUCAGCAUGCGCCGAAUCAAGAUCAGCCACCUGUUCAAGCUGUGCCGACUUUUGGCGGGGAGGGGCAGAGUGAUUAUCUUCCUGGGCUUAAACUUAUCAAUGAGAUGGGGGAAGACGCAGCUCCUGAUCCGCCUUCUCCUAUUAACACUGAGGAAGCUGGUCCACCCCCGUUGGUCGAAGCGCAUGAAGAGGGGGACGAGGACGAGGAUAAGGAUGAGGGGGACGAGAUUGAUGGAGGGAAUCUCGUAGUGGACGAAGAUGUAGAUGAUUCUGAGAUGGAGGACGUGGAGGAUGAGGGGGAUGACGAUUUUCAGUUCGGUGGUGAUGAUAAGCGCUUUUCGAUGUGA